GGGAGAGACCGGGAGGCCGUCGCGCGCACAGCAGGAGGCAUACCCCGCCCGCCGAGGGUGGCCGACUGCGCUCCGCCAUGUACGGCAUGCUGCUGGAGAGCGUGCAGCACUUCUUGCAGCUGGAGUACGGCGAGGAGGCGUGGCUCGGGAUCCUGGAGGCGGCGGGCUGCAAGUUCACCGUGUUCAACACGCACCAGAUCUACCCGGACAGCCUGAUCCCCAACCUGGCGGUGGCGUGCGCCCGCGUCACCGGCCAGGCCUCCGAGGACGAGUUCAUGCAGUUCUUCGGCCGCUGCUUCGUGCGCUUCUUCAGCAACUUCGGGUACGACCAGACCAUCAAGGCGACGGGCCGCUACUUCUGCGACUUCCUGCAGAACGUGGACAACAUCCACCUGCAGAUGCGCUUCACCUACCCCAAGAUGAAGUCGCCGUCCAUGUACAUCACGCACGUGGACACCGAGGGCGUGGAGCUGGUGUACCGCAGCACGCGCCAGGGCUUCAUACACUACUUCAUGGGCCAGCUGUACCAGAUCGCCGAGGAGCUGUACGCGACGCGGCUGGCCAUCCGCGUGCUGGAGGAGAGCUCGGCGGCGGGCGGCGCGCGCAAGGUGCUGGUGCGGCUGCGGCUGGACUUCGACAACCGCGCCUUCGUGGGGUCGCGCGCCGCCAAGAGCCGCCGCCUGGCGGGGCUGGACCUGCCCGCCGUGCCGUGCGCGCUGCUCAUGAGGCUGUUCCCCUUCGGCCUGGUGUUCGGCGAGCACAUGCGCGUGCUGGCCGUCGGCGAGAAGCUGCUCCAGGUGUUCGGUGACGCAGACGCCAUACUUGGGAAGCCCGUGACGGACAACUUCAAGCUCCGGCGACCUAGAGGCGUGCCGUUCAAUUGGAAGAAUACCAUGUACCUGCAGGCGGUGCUGUUCGAGCUGGAGGUGCUGCGCGCGCGGCCCGACGAGGAGCAGGCCCCGCCCCCGGCCCGCCAGGAGUCCUCGGGGCUCGGCAUGUCCGUGGUGGACCGCCGCGGCAGCCAGGGCGCCCGCAGCAUCCUGCUCAAGGGCCAGAUGACCUACGUGGACGACAUGAAGGCCAUCGUGUUCCUGUGCAGCCCGCUGAUAAACAACUUGGACGAGCUCUCCAACAUGGGCCUCUACCUGAACGACCUGAACUUGCACGGACUGAGCAGAGAAAUGGUUCUAGCUGGUUGGCAACACUGUUCCAGGCUGGAGAUGAUGUUCGAGCGCGCCGAGCAGCGGUCCAUGGACCUGGAGGAGAGCCACGCGCUGCUGGACUGCUGGAAGCGACGGGGCGACGAGCUGCUCUACUCCAUGAUCCCCAAGCCCGUGGCGGACCGCCUGCGCUCCGGCCAGACCCCCAUGAGCACCUGCCAGUCGUUCGACGCCGUGUCGGUGUUGUUCUGCGAGCUGGUGGACUUCAACUCGACCACCGUGCAGGACGUGAUGGACGUGGUGGCUGGCAUGAACGCGGUCUUCACCUGCUUCGACGCCCUCAUGGACCGCCACAGCGUGUACAAGGUGGAGACGGUGGGGCAAGUGUACAUGGCCGUCAGCGGGGCGCCGGACUUCACCCCCGACCACGCGCGAAACGUCGCCGACGUCACUCUGUGCCUGGUCAAGCACGUGGGGAGACUUCAGCUGCCGUCGGAGAUCAAGAUACAGAUUCGAAUCGGCAUCCACUCGGGGCCCGUGGUGGCGGGAGUGGUGGGGAUGAAGGUGCCUCGCUACUGCUUGUUCGGCGACACCGUCAACACCGCGGCGAGGAUGCAGACCACCAGCCAGCCGGGGAGAGUCCAGAUAUCGAAUGCAACUCGGCAGCUUUUACCAGAUGAUCGCUACAUAUUCGAAUGCAGAGGACUCGUCAAAGUAAAGGGCAAAGGAGAGAUGAAGACGUUCUGGAUGACGGAGAAGCCGGGUGCGGGGUUGACGGCGGGAGAGGAGGAGGAGGUUGCGGUGGGGGGAGCGGAGCCGCUGCCUCGCGCGCCGCCCCCGCCGCCCCCGCCGCCCCCGCCGGCCAGACCGCGCCGCGCGCCGCUGCUGGAGCCGCCGCCCAGCUCCACCCGUAACAAAGUUGCGGCUGCCGCGCGGUGCCCGUCGCGCUAUGGGCAGUGCGGGUGGCAGCUACAGCCGCACGGCUGCCGCGCCGCUGCCGCGCAGUGCCCGCCCUGUCCGGCGCACAGCAUGUUCUCGGUGAUCCUCCUCGGGCCGUACGCCGUCUUGCGGCACUCCUCCAGGGACAUGAUGGGCACCGUGACCUCGUUCAGCUCCUGCGAGGGCGCGCCCCCCUGGCAGACGGGCCUGAGCUUGUCGCCGAACUCCACCGGCUCGUCCAGCCGCAGGAUGGCGAUGUCGUUGUCGAAGGAGUCGUCGCUGUACUCCUUGUGCAUGACGACGGCCUCCACCUUGCGGUCCACGUGCUCCGCCUCGGUCGCCACGUCGCGCCGGUGGUCCAGCAGCCGCACGGAGAUCUUCUCCCGAUCUCUGGCCAAACAGGGGAUUGGCGUGCUCUCACGCGGCAUAGCUGCACCUGACCGCACUCACCCGUCGACGCAGUGCGAGGCCGUGAUGAGGUGCCGGCUGCUGAUGAGAGGCGCGCAGGAGGCGGGGUCCACGGGCUCCGGCACGGGCACCUGCGGGUGCUGGUGGUGGGGCGGCGCGAAGCCGAACAGGCUGAGCAGCCACCACAGGAAGGUCAGUCCCAGCCCCUGGUGGGCCUGGGGCGCCAUCUCUCCCGCACCGUCGUCGUCCGCCGACCACGAGCCGUUCCCGCCGGCGGGCUGCGGGGCACACACACACGUGACGCCUCGGCACCUGUCGAACAAAUCCGCGACGCUUCCAUUAUCUGGCGUCUCCCUCCCUCCCUCCCCCGCCGUCCCGUCGCUCAAUGGGAUGCCCGUUCCCUGCGGCGACGGCCGCGUAUAUAACGUCGGCCCCCGCGACUCGAGGGAUCAUCAUCACUCCAGCCUCGUCCAGAGAGCGUGUGUGCUGCGUACAGCGGAGCGCGCCCAAAGGGAAGCAACAACAAGCGUCAUGGUGUGUCUGCGAGCCUGUUCGGGCCUUCAAGGGAGGAGCGCCGCUUGGCUGGUCGUCUUCUGGCUGGUCGCCGCUGUCUGCGCGGCUCCCGAGCGGACGAGACGCUGCGACGGCAGGGCGAUGAUGAACCUGGUCCAGGUCCACCACAACUCCACCGGAGGUCAGGCCCCGCCGACGACCGCUGCGUCCGCCACGACCCUGCCGGCCGCCAACAACACCUGCGACUGCGUGUGCGGCGUGCCCAACCGCAAGCAGAGGAUCGUGGGCGGGUACGUGACGAAGGUGAACGAGUUCCCGUGGGUGGUCGCCAUGUACCGCCGGGGCAGGUUCUACUGCGCCGGCAGCCUCAUCACCAGGAGGCACGUGCUCACCGCGGCGCACUGCGUCGAGAACAUCAACAUGAAGGACGUGCGGGUGUCGCUGGGCGAGCACGACCGCGUCAGCAAGGCGGAGGCGGUGACGGUGGAGCGCAAGGUGCGCGCCGCCGCCAAGCACGCGGACUUCACGCUGCUCACCUUCAACCACGACGUGGCCGUCUUGGAGCUGGACUCGCCGGUGAAGCUGGGCGCCACCAUUCGCACCGCCUGCAUCCCCGACCACGCCGAGGAGGACUACUCGGGGCGCGUGGCCGUGGUGGCGGGCUGGGGCCGCGUCGAGGAGAAGAAGCCGACGUCGGGUAUGCUGCGGAAGGUCGCCGUGCCCAUCAUGACGGAGGAGGAGUGCAAGGCGGCCGGCUACAACGAGACCCGCAUCACCCAGAACAUGAUCUGCGCCGGCUACUCCGAGGGCAAGAAGGACGCCUGCCAGGGUGACAGUGGUGGUCCUCUUCACAUCGAUGGCGAGAAAGGGAGCUUGGAAGUUGUUGGUAUCGUGUCGUGGGGCCGCGGCUGCGCGCGACCCAACUACCCGGGCAUCUACACCCGCGUCGCCAACUACCUGGACUGGAUCGACGACAAGCUGGACGGCGAGUGCAUGUGCCCGCCCCCGCAAUAGUAGCUGGCGGGUCCUUCCACACCCCCACACACUCCCCACCCAUCAGGGGCCAACUUCGCAGUCACUCGUGUACCUGAAGCGCGCUGUUGAAAAUGUUCACCGUGCCCCUGCCUGACGAAUCAACCGUGAAACCAUAUCUGAGGGUCUCAUAACAUUUAGAGUUACCAAAAAUGCUCGAACCUACAAACAACGACCAAAGCUUAUACAAACAUUCGCCUUGAAGUUGUGGCUAGAAAUUGCGUUGUCUAUAAAUUUCAUUCUAACGUAGAUGUACUUAACGUUUAUCGGGCUGAGGGAGGGAUGGGGGGGUGCCUGGAAUCGUAACUCAAAUUUUGUAUACAAAUGCAGCGUAUGCCUCAUAGCUGAACAGGUUAAAUGCACUGUUAUUAAAUUCGAGCUAAGAAAACACAGAAGAAGCUGAAUUUCUCAACAGCGCGCUAGAAUACAUUUCAUAGAUUAUUUCACUGACAGCCUAUUUGCAACCACAAUUUUUUUUCAACUUUUAACACGCAUAAGUUUCAGCAAAACAAGUUCCUGGAACCAACAUUAUCUUAAAAUAUGUUCAAGCAUGACUAAUCAUAAUGUAUGAAAAAAAAGUUAUUUUUAUGAUUCUUAUGACUGUUAAUCCACUCCAAAACUACAUUCGUGUCUGUAUUCUUCACACGCGUUUCGUUACAUAAUUUAAAAAAACUCUAAUUUGGUUUAAUUAGUAAUCCAAAAUUGUGUUCGAAAAUUAUGGUAAGUGUCGUUACUUACCAAGAGUGAAGUAGUUGUGUAAUCUUUGUAGUUAUUAAAUUUAGAAUUUUGGAGUUACAAAUCAAUAAUUAGAGGUAUCUGUAAGAAUAAAAUUUUUGAAUAUAAUGCAUUUAACAGCUGGUCGAUCAUUUUGAAUCUAAAAUAUUUCAUAAUAACAGGGCUGUCAUACUUAAGUGCAAUCUGUUAUGUAUUUCAUUAUAAAUUAUUUACAUAAAUAAUUGUAGAAUCAUAGCUAGUCAGAAUUGUCUGUGGCAUUGUUGUAAGCGUAUUUAAAAUGUGUAAAUGAUGUAAAAUAAAUAAUAGUUUUAAAAAUA